GUCGGCUGCGGCUUCGCGAGAGGGCCCGGGAACGCGAGGCCGAGCGGGAGGCCGAGGCCGCGCGGGCAGCAGAACGUGAGCAGGAGAUCGACCGCUGGAGGGUCAAGUGCGUGCAGGAGGUGGAGGAGAAAAAGCGGGAGCAGGAACUCAAAGCUGCUGCUGAUGGUGUACUAGCUGAAGUGAGAAAGAAACAAGCAGAUACCAAAAGAAUGGUGGAUAUUCUUCGGGCUUUGGAGAAAUUGAGGAAACUGAGGAAAGAGGCUGCAGCCAGGAAAGGGGUCUGUCCUCCAGCCUCAGCAGAUGAGACUUUUGAACAUCACCUUCAGCGCCUGAGAAAACUCAUUAAAAAACGCUCUGAACUGUAUGAGGCUGAAGAGAGGGCCCUCAGAGUUAUGUUGGAAGGAGAACAAGAGGAAGAGAGGAAAAGAGAACUAGAAAAGAAGCAGAGAAAAGAAAAAGAAAAAUUUUUACUUCAGAAACGUGAAAUUGAGUCCAAGUUAUUUGGGGACCCAGAUGAGUUCCCACUUGCUCACCUCUUGCAGCCUUUCCGGCAGUACUACCUCCAAGCUGAGCACUCCCUGCCAGCACUCAUCCAAAUAAGGCAUGAUUGGGAUCAGUACUUGGUGCCGUCCGAUCACCCCAAAGGCAACUUCAUUCCCCAAGGAUGGGUCCUUCCCCCGCUCCCCAGCAACGACAUCUGGGCAACCGCCAUUAAGCUGCCUUAGAAAAGAUGCUCCAGGAGUGUGGUCUGGCCAGCACUUUUUCACGCUCUAAAUACAAAUGAUGCUCCGUCUUGUGUUACAGACUUGAACUGUGACUAGUAAGCUCCACGUGGCAUGACCCUACCCUGAACUUCUGCUUCCCUUUUGAAUUUUGUCCUGGCCAGAGAUGCCUCUUGAAUCAGGAGAUUAAUAUGGUUCUUCAGGAAAGGACCUUGGUGAAUUAUACCAUGAUCAGUGGACUGGGUUCACCAAAUUUGCCUCUGUUUUGAGGGGCUUGGUGCAGAGUGACUUGCUAACUUAUCAGAUUUCUUUGUAUGGUCAUGGGGUAAAGUACACUGAAUUCAUUCAAACACAGGGAUGUACUGGGUAGAGUCACAGCCCUGACACCCAUGGGAAGUGUGGUUGUGACGGCAAGCUUGAUGUAGAACCUGCCUUUCCUGCCUACAGAGCCCUGACUUCCAGGGGAACAGUCACAGAUACUUUUUCUUCGGUUUUAUUCAUCUCAAUCUGGGUGCAGUGUAGGAGGCUUAGUUAGGAACAUGGGUGGUGGCUGCAGGCUGGGCUGUCAGAAAAGAUGGUGGCCUGAUCUUGGUAGUCAUGUGGAGAGAUUUUAAAACCUGGACAGAGUACCUAUAUCCAAAAUGGAUUGUGUUUUAAUAUACGAUGGCUGCAUUUUCCCAUGUUAUAAGGAUCUUAAUAAAGGCACUUUUUUUUUUUUGUAAGUUCCUAUAUGUCUAAGUUGUUCAGGAUCCCUAAGCAUAAGAGUUUAUUUCCCUAUGGGAGUGGGACUGUAACCUCACUCAGUCACAGUGUAGAAACCAGUAUGGCUGUGGAAUUUUCUUAGGAACACUCAAUUUUCCAAAAACAUCUGUGUAGUCAAAGCUGGGAGGAAAGCAAAUAGAAAUAAUAAAAUUUAUUUUUUAUAUUCAUUAAUAAAUACUGUUGUGCUUGGAGACGAUCAUGUGAUAUGUCAUUUUUUUUAUUUGGUUUGGUUUGCACUGAU